CGAUCUGUUAAGAGUGUUGCACGGGUUCUCUCUCUUGUUCCUCGAGGAGACCGAGCCAUGACGAGUUCCGAUCGCUCGGCGCCCGCCAUCGAUCCCGAUCUGGUGAUCUCUCACAAGUUCUCCGAGACUUCGUUUUGCUAUACUGAAAGGUUUGUUCGAUGCGUCAAGAUCCGGCGUCUCUCGGCUUACUUGCCUUCUUCCUAGAUGCGGCGCUCUAUGCUUUGGGGGUCGGAGCAUGCGCUGGAGAUGCAGUGGACGAGAAGGAGCUCAACUACGUUUACCAUAGGAACGGGCAAAAGUCCAUCCAGGUUUUGCCCACUUUUGCGGCUCUCUUUCCUUUUGCAGAAGGUCUUGGACUUGAAAAAGUUAGUGGACUGCAAUAUGAUCCUAGGCUUCUUUUGCAUGGUCAACAAUACAUAGAAAUCUUUCGGCCUCUACCUUCAAGUGGCUCUAUUGUAAAUAAGGUAGCAAUUGCCGGCUUGCAUGACAAAGGCAAAGCGACUAUUAUUGAGCUUGAAACUACAAGUUAUUUGAAAGAAUCUGGUGAAGCAUUGUGCAUGAACAGAAGCACAAUCUACUUGCGUGGUUCUGGAGGUUUUUCAAGCUCAUCUCAUCCAUAUUCAUAUAAAACCUACCCAGAUAAUCAGAUUUUACAUGUUUCAGUUCCCAAACAUCAACCUACUGUGGUAUAUGAAGAUACUAUCCAACAAUCUCAGGCUCUGUUAUAUAGGUUAUCAGGUGAUUACAAUCCUCUCCAUGCAGACCCAAUGAUAGCACAGGCUGCAGGGUUUGCUCGCCCAAUACUGCACGGCUUGUGUACCCUUGGAUUUGCUGUCAGAGCCAUCAUAAAAUGUAUUUGCAACGGGGAACAGACAACAGUGAGAAACAUCUUUGGUCGUUUUCUUUUACAUGUAUAUCCCGGAGAAACUUUAGUGACAGAGAUGUGGCUUGAAGGCUCAAGAGUCAUAUAUCAGACUAAGGUGAAGGAGCGAAACCGAGCUGUCCUCUCUGGCUAUGUGCUACUCAAGCACAACUCAUCCUUGUGAAAUCAGACUUGGGCACAGGAUCAUGAUGAACGUUGGGGACAGGUUCUUACCUUUGUUGAUAUCACAUAAGUUGUAAGCUCAUAUCGGGAAAUAAGUGAGAUACAUCUGUCGAUAAUGCCAUAUAAAUCUGUUGCACCAAUGACAUCGUUCAACUUGGUUUAGUAUCUCCUUUUCUAAUGUAUUCUGAUGUUUUUAUGUGUAAUGAUGUGCUUGCCCUAACUUUUUAGAUACCCUUUAUGGACUUCUGAUAAAGAUAUGUGGAGUUAAUCGUUA